AUGGCAAACCACCCCCUUCCACCAGGAACUGACUGGUACUUUGAGUUCACAGUUACAUUAAGUGGGGAUACAGGGAAGCUUGAGGUCGGGAUUUCAGGUGGAUUCAUGCCUCGUUUCCAGCUCCCCGGUCAUUACAUCCAAUUAUGGGGCUACGAAGGGUCAACUGGCCAAUGCUGGGGUCAAAAAGCUAUUGUUCAUUCAUAUCCGCCAUUCUUGACGGGAGAUGUUGUGGGAUGCGGGUUCAGAUUCAAGGACAGGCGCCUCUAUUUUACACAGAAUGGAGAAAAGCAGCGCGAGUGCUAUACGUUAUUUUUUUCCCCUCGAACAUGCCCUGGCAGUCUCCAGUACCUGAGAUCCAGAUUCCUCUGA